AUGAAUUUUCUCUCCUUUAAUAUUCGCGGUAUUGGGGGUGCUGAGAAGCCAGGGUGGUUAAAAAAAGUCAAGUCGGAUUUUGGUAUACAUUUCUUGUCUCUGCACGAAACUAAAAAACAAGGGGUCUCAGUUCUGGAUGUCUCGGGGUAUUGGGGUAAUAAGAGUUUUAGUUUAGAAAGUGUUGAUGCGGAGGGAUUAUCGGGUGGUCUUGUUUGUAUGUGGGACAAGUCCGUCUUCUCUCAGACUGGUGUUAACAGGAAUAGGAAUUUCUUACAUGUGAGAGGCAAACUCUCUGGCAGUAGUGAAGUGGUUAAUGUUUUGAAUGUUUGCGCUCAUCAGGGAGUGUCAGCUAAGAAAUCUUUAUGGGAUAUGAUUUCUCAGCUUAUAGCUGAACAUGAUGGGUUUUGGAUUGUCUCGGGGGAUUUUAACGCAGUUCGUUAUAGUGAAGAAAAGAAGAACUGUGGGUUUAAACAAAAUUGUGCCAACAAUUUUAAUUCUUUUAUCUUUGAUUCUGGCCUCUUGGAGUAUAAUUUGAUUGGUAGAAAAUUCACGUACAGCAAGGAGAACGGGAGGAAAAUGAGCAAGUUGGAUAGGUUCUUGGUGAACCAUAGUUUUUUUUAA